AUGGAAAUCAAAGAGGAAGGAAGAUCAGAAAAAGGCCAGCACUUUCUUUCUACAGCCCAGGCAAAUGAUACUGGGGACUCUCAGUUCACAAGUGUUCAGAAGACUCCAAAUGAACCACAGUUGGAGUUCAUCCUUGCAUGCAAGGAUCUUGUGGCUCCUGUCCGUGAUCGGAAACUGAAUACGCUAGUGCAGAUCUCAGUAAUCCACCCCGCAGAGCAGAGUCUGACAAGAUACUCCAGCACUGAAAUUGUGGAGGGAACAAGAGACCCACUGUUUUUGACUGGUGUCACAUUCCCAGCUGAGUAUCCCAUCUAUGAGGAGACCAAAAUAAAAUUAACAGUCUAUGAUGUCAAGGAUAAGUCUCAUGACACAGGAUGUUGGAAGACAAAUGAGAUAAUAUCUGAAAACCCUUUGGAAGAAAUGUGA